AUGCCACCUACCCAAGCAAUUUUCAACCACGAGUUGUCAACUACUUUGGACUCAACCCAUGCUUUUGAAGGACCGGAAAAAUUAUUAGAGAUUUGGUUCAAUCUGGAAAAAUCCGAGUCUUUUGAUUUAAGAUCAAUCAAAUAUGAAUCAAUUGUCAAGAUUUUGAAUUUGGUUCAUUGUGAAGUUUUAUCAAAAAUUUCCAAUCCGGAAAUGGAUGCUUAUUUAUUGAGUGAAUCUUCAUUAUUUGUGUUUGAGAACAAAAUCAUUUUGAAAACUUGUGGUAGAACAACCUUGUUGUCCUGUUUGGGGUUGUUGUUUGAUACUGUUAAACAAGAGAUUAAUGAAUUUAUUAGAGUUCAACAAGUUUUCUACAGUCGUAGAAGCUUCUUUUUCCCAGAUCAACAAUUACACGUUCAUAGUAACUGGAAUGAAGAGGUAUCCGUUUUGGAUAAUUAUUUUGAUAAUGGGAAAAGUUACAUUGUUGGACACAACACCAAUUGGCACCUUUAUGUUGCUGGUGAUCUUAGUGUUCCAUUCCAUGAUUCCACUUUAGAAAUUAUCAUGACCAAGUUAUCUCUUGGUGCAUCAAAGAAGUUUUAUACUACCAGAUUGCCAGGAGAUGUAGCUAGUGAUGAUGAUCACGAUUUGGGUCAUGAAUCUGGACAAGAAGUUUUGCAUGCAACUGGAUUGAACUCAUUAUUUAAGUAUAACAAGGGUCAAUCUGCUAGCAAAGAAACCCAUGAUGGAUUUGCUUUCACUCCAUGUGGAUUUUCAAGUAACUCUAUGAAUGAUGAUGGUUUUUACUAUACUAUUCAUGUUACUCCUGAACCAGGUUGGAGCUAUGCUUCCUUUGAAACCAACAUGCUUGGUGGUAAUUAUAAGGAAAUCAUUGAUAAAUGUAUCAAUGUUUUUGAACCAGGUCAAUUUAUGGUUACUUUUUUGACCAAUUCUGAUGUUCAAACGUUUGAAUGUUGCUUAGAAGAUGAUUAUAAAAUUCAUCACAAAGAAGAGUUAGAUGUUGGAGGAUAUAAAUUGUUUUUUGUCGAAUUCGUUCGUAUCUAG